AUGGGUGCGAAGGUUGUGGUCGGAAAUCUUACGGAAGGCACGGAAUACAUAAAGAGGAGGAACGAAUCACUGAAAUACGGUAUGAACAUAUUUGUAAGUGAUCUGAUUGGGUUCCGUCGUACACUAGCAGACAGAAGGCCUCAAACGUGCAAAAUGAUUGUAUAUCCAGACAAUCUCCCAACUGUCAGCAUUAUCAUCAUAUUCCGGGAUGAACCACUAAGUACAUUAAUGAGGACCGUGUAUGGAGUAUUCGACACAUGUCCCAAAGAACUUCUCCAGGAAGUCAUUCUUGUUGAUGACGGAACUGUUGAUAGACGCACUAUCCUGGGAGUACAAAUUCAUGUGAGGAACAUGGAUAAGGCGAUUUUAAUUCGGAACGAGAAAUCUCGUGGUUUGAUGAUGGCCAGGCAGCAAGGAAUCGAGCGGGCAAGGUCAGGGCAUUUCAUUGUCCUUGAUAGUCACAUCGAGUUCAACAUCGGCUGGUUGGAGCCUAUUCUGCAUAGACUUGUCGAGGAACCAACAGCCUUGCUUACAUCUCAUGUUGGAGUGAUCGAUAUGGAUACGUUCGAAUAUGUGAUUGGAGAAUGGAAUACACAGUUCAUGUGUUUUGAACAAAUAUCUGCAAAUGACCAAUGGACUUUCUAUUCCGACGAGUUUAUUUUGAAACGCAAUGGAAGUGUUGCUCCUAUCGAAUACUGUACGGUUCCGGGCAUGAUGAUGGCGAUGACAAAAUACUUCUUUCUUCAGCUAGGAGGCUUUGACCCUGGAAUGGAAGUAUGGGGUUCGGAAAAUACUGAGAUAUCAGUCAAGACCUGGUUAUGUGGUGGCAGGGUUGAAAUGGUUCCCUGCUCAAAAAUUGCUCAUUUGUAUAGAAUAACACCAUGGCAAGGGGUAGAAAAAAGAAGUACCUACUUGUUCAAAAAUAAACUUCGGUUUGCUUCGGUUUGGACGGACGGAAUAAUCCAGAAAAUUAUGCUUGACAAUUUAAAGAGCGGUGAGCCAGAAGUUGAUUAUGGAGAUGUAAGUGCUAGGAAACAAAUACGUGAAGUAAAUGAGUGCAAGAAAUAUAAGUAUUUCGUAAACAAGAUAAAAGAAAUUUCACAUGAAGUAUAUUUUCCACAGAACCCACAGAGGUAUGGACCCAUUGUAAACAAAAGUAAUAACAAGUGCAUUGAUUGUGCGAAUCUUCAGGAUUCUAAAACACAAACUCUGAUACUAUAUGCUUGUACAACCGGGGGAAACCAAUAUUUCCUUGUCUCAGAAGACGGCCGCAUGAAAAAUAAAGCAUCUUGGAUAAUGGCUGACUACGCUGGGACAUUGUUUAUUGCUCAGAAUCCUAGAAACUGGUGGAGGAAUCCGGAAAACCAAUGGACUCUUUUACCAAACGGAGUUAUUAUGCACAAUGUCACUGGAAAAUGCCUUGACUAUGACGAGAAAGAGCACAUAACGCUGAAUCUGUGUGACGACAGAAGACCACAACAAAUUUGGGAAUGGCCUCUAUUCAACACGUGA